UAAUAACAAUAAGAAAUAAGAAGUAGGUGAUCACAUUCACAUCCAUUUCCGGGUCACUGUCACACACUCUGAUCACAUCUCCGGUCACACAGUACAACUAGUACUAAUACUAAAACUUACCCCUUUAACCAAACCCAAAACCUCAAAAAAGCUCUCACCUUUGCCCACACGCCUCUCCCAUUUUCGUCAAACCAAACCCUCCAAUCAAAACCCACCUGAGUUUUUGAUCGGAAAACCCACCAAAGGUCAAACCUUUUAACCCACAAUGGCUCUCCACACCACCAAUGCCCUGCUCCCAAAACCGCUUCUUUGCGUCAACUCGCCGAGGAUCGAGGUAGGGAAAGUCGCCGGAGCCGCAAUCUGGGGGAGAAAUCGAGGUGGGUUGUGGGUGUGUAAGAGCAGCAGCGAUGGUGGGAAGAAGGGAGGAGGGGUGCCCAACUCGAAUUACGUGGUGCCCUUAGACAAGUCCUUCUCUUAUUCCAACUCGUCGUGUAUCACUCGCCCUCUGGCUGAGAUUCUCAGGGAUUUGAAUAAGAGGAUUCCUGAUAACAUUAUCAGUAUACCUCCAGGGAAUCAGUCCACCUUCAUUCCUUGGUACCAUGCGAACCGGAUGCUGAGUUUCUAUGCUCCUGGAUGGUGUGGAGAAAUCAGGGAUGUAAUAUUUUCUGACAAUGGAAGUGUGACUGUGGUAUACCGUGUCACUGUACGAGGAUCUGAUGGAGAGGCACACCGUGAGUCAACCGGGACAGUAUCACCGCGUGAUGGCAACAAUGUUGAUCCAGUUGCUGCAGCAGAGGAAAUAGCUUUCUGCAGGGCAUGUGCCCGGUUUGGCCUCGGUCUGUAUCUGUAUCAUGAGGAUUAGAGAUGCCAGAUAGCAGGAGGCUGGACCUUGACCUUCCCUAUGUGUCAACUUUUUUGUUAGUUCAUUAAGUGGGUUAGAUUGUGCUUUCUUCUGCAGUUCUGCCCGUUGAUGUAUAUAUCUGACAAAGCAGUUGUCGUAUGGUCUCAUAUUUAUAUGGUUCGGAUUGUGGCAAACAAAUAAUUGAACCUAAUGAUCAUAUACAUGCAAAGACAGAAUGUUCAUGCCUUGUGCUAUGAAAUAUAGAUACUACAUUGAGAGAAUAUGAUCUUAUUUAUGUAUCAAAGGGAACAGUGAACUAGUAUGUACAUUUACACUAUAAAACAUGUUGAUUUGUAUUGUAC